UUAACAAAACGUGUCCAAUAGCUGGCAAAACCAACAUAAACCAUAACAAAAACAAAACUAUAAAAAGGGGGAUAGGCCUGUCAUGCAGCGCCUGUUGCCUGAAUGCUUCACCCUCGGUCACUCGCGCGCAGCAUGCUUCGUUUGUGAUAAUGGUAUAAACUUGCACUACAAAGAAAAUAUCAUCCGUGUAACCGUUGACAUCCCAGGACUCAAGACUAUGAGGGCAGGAUUCUCUGGGAGAAAACCUGAUGAGAGAAGCGUGAAGCUUGAUGUCCGUUUUUCUGAUGAACGAGUAGAGGUGCAGGCCAAGAUCCUGACUGGGACGAGUGCAGGGUCGGAGUACUAUGUUGCUUUGGACAAGGAUGACUUGAACGUUUAUCGCAUCAUGCCGGAACCAAAAAACCCUUACAAAGUCCGGGACAAUUUAGUCGAACUUUUUAUCAAGAAACGUUGAGGGGCGAUUCCUGCUUUCGAUUGGAGGACACUGUUUUGCCUUUUAUAUCAUUGUCAUUGAGAUGACCAGCCUAUUUAUUAUGUUCAUAUCAUUUUAUUUUAUCAAUGAAGGACUGUUUUAGGAGUGCAAUGAAUAUAGACUUUUGAGCUGUUUUAUUGAUUGCUACUUAAUUUUAUUUGAGAUGUAUUGCAACUGUGGUUGUCAACAUUGAUUACUUGUAUAUUUACUACUUUUGUCUGAGAUAAUCACGCAACCCAUUUUGGUACUGUAUUUUUUUGUGUAAUACUUUUCUACAGACUUCUUAAAGUAUCACUAAUGUCGGAACAUGGGGCAUCAUUUCUUGUAAUCUCCCUCUACUACGGGUAAUCUCACAACUUAAAACUGUGAUAUCAUGAUUGGAUAUAUGUGGUCAGGUUGUCCAUAACAGAAGUAAUCUUUUGCUUGAAGUGUUUACGUAACAAAUCUCAUAUCAUUUACUCAUUUACUUUUUCAUACGGCCUUUUUGCUUUGAAAACUGAUUUAUUUUGGCUCGGUCGCCACCCUAGAGUUAUUUUCUAAGCGAGUUGAAUUUCAAACCGCGAUCACGUUUACAGGACGGGACAUGUAUUGUUAUCUUGUAUGAGAAUGGAAUCUCCGUUGGUCUCAUAUUGUCUUCCAAUGUCUGCCAAGUUGUAUGUGAAAAACAGGUUUCCAAACAUUUCUGUGGCAGGUUUGGGCGUGUAUGAGUCUACAGCCCAUUUGCUUGGGUAAUUCCGUGGUGAAGUAUGUGUAUAUGCACUUGUUAUUUUGAUAGAUAUCAGGAUAUAACUUGUCUUCAUGAAUCCGCACGCACAUAGGUUGGCAAAGAAAAGGAAAGUUUGCCAAAGAGAGUGUUGUUACCUGUUGUAAUGUGGUUUGCCACAACAAGACUAUGAAGUGGGUGGAGUAAGCUGGUACAUUAUAAGGUUAAGAUAUGCAAUUUUAGUUGCCUAGAAAUGAUACUCUACAUGUUUAGUAUAAUCUUACAAAAUCAGAGUGUUGGCUCAUCUCCCUGUUGGGGCACUGGUGCCUCUUUCUAGUGCAUGUUGUAGAACCCGGUGAACGUAGCAUAUUUUUCAUUUCUUCAUAAUAUGAACUCUUAGUUAGAUUAGAAAAGUAACCAUAGGAUGUCAGUGAGGACUACGAAUGAAAACAUUUCAACACGAAUGAUGAUUUUAGUCGGAGCUUACAAUCUGCUAAAGAAAUAUCAGUUGAUAUCAUAGCCCUGUUGGUAUCUAAAAUUCUUACAACAGAAUUAACAUUACAAUUUAUGUUAUCUUCCUUCUUGUAAAUGCAUAUCAUGUGAUCAU